AUGGACCAACAAAUGAGUCAAUCAAUCAAGCUGAGAGCAGCUCUGACCACAAGGAUCAAGGAAAUUAUGGGAAAAUCAUCAGCAACAGGGAUCUUCAGAGGGGGGAUAUUGCAAACUCACCUUCUACACAAAGCAAGAUUAAGAAUUGGACAUGAGCUAGACAGUUGCUUAGCAACACGUGAUGUCAACUUCCAUGCUUCUGCGUCAAUCUCAGAAUAUGAGAUCAAUCGAGCUGCACUGACAGUUGCCCAUGCAAUGGUAAAUCCUUAUUAUGUGGAUUGGGAUGUUGACAGAUUUGCCGAAAUGGCCAAAGUCUCUACACCUAAAUCUGAUGGUCCCCUCGCUAAUACCAAUCAGCUACCAAAGUACUUUUCUGCAGCUAUGAUCGGUAAAAUUUCAGCACCAGCUACUAUUGUGGACAGGCAAGGUAAAAUUUUAACAAUUUACUUGCCAAAUAUUCUGUCUUCUUCUCGGGUUGAAUAUGUGAACUCAGCCACUAAGGGUUUACAGACUUUACUUCUUGAAACAAUUACGUCCUCCACCCAACAGUCUUGGCGAUCUCAAGGCUUUGUUGUCCCAGAGGGGGGUGGAGAAUUUGGAGCAGGCAGAGUCACAGUAUCACCAGCAUAUUUUAUGCAAAGACACGAGAGACUGGAAGACCCAAUGGUUACCUCGGCUUCCUAUAAGUCUGUGGAAGUCCAAGAGUGGCUAGCUGCUUUAUCAGCUACUGAAUCUUUCUGGAAUGCCAUUACCGCUGUAUCGGUUCCAGAUCUAUUCGAAGCAGGCACCUUGGCAAUCACUCGUAUUAUUGAGGAACUUCAAGGUUCUGAUAGAACAUCACCACCCAUCUGUGAUUGGCCCUCGAUCUUCUCAGGAUUGGAAAUAAUUGCAAAUCGUACAACUUUAUCACACAGAGAUUCUGGUGGCACACCUUCUCUUUUUGAUCUUCUGAUUAGUUUAGGCAGUGGCCAUGAGGCUAAGUUGACAUUAGCAGAUGUUGGGGCCGAACUGGAUUAUUACCCUGGGACAAUGGUCUUCAUUUCCGGGAAGGUUUUACAACAUUCUAUUGGUCCAUGGGGUCCGGGAGAAAGGCUCGUUAUUGCCCAUUUUAUGAGGGAUAAAAUCCACUCUAGAUGCGGGGUAUCCAGACCCCCCUUUCCAACACAGGCCUAUUUUUUGCAGAUGGUGGGGCAGCAGGAUAGUUAUUUGUUGUGA